GCGGUUUGCUUCCUGUUGUUGUUAUCAGCGAUACACAUAAGACAACACGAGUAAAGGAGUAAAUAACCCCAAAGCUAAACGUUUCAUGUAUUGAGUCAUCAUUAUUUAGACGCGAGGCAGCCCGGGCAGCGAGUGAGGCAGUAAAUAAACUAACUUAGUCGGCUAAUGCUGACGGUUGGCUGGCACCGGGUGUUUUCUAACGUCAGUAACGAGGCUAGCUAACCUUAGUUUCGGUUAGAAGAGCACGAUGCCGUCCCGUAUUGAAGACUACGAGGUUCUGUACACCAUAGGCUCUGGUUCUUACGGGAAAUGCCAGAAAAUAAGACGGAAAUCUGAUGGGAAAGUCCUGGUGUGGAAGGAGCUGGACUAUGGUACCAUGGCAGAGAGUGAAAAGCAAAUGCUGGUCUCAGAGGUGAACCUCCUCAGGGAGCUCAAGCACCCCAACAUAGUGCGGUACUAUGACCGCAUCAUAGACAGGACCAACACCACGCUGUACAUUGUCAUGGAGUACUGUGAGGGUGGCGACCUCUCCAGCCUCAUCACCAGAUGCAUCAAAGAAAGGCGGUAUCUGGAGGAGCAGUUCAUCCUGCGGGUCAUGACACAGCUCACAUUAGCCUUGAAGGAGUGCCACAGGCGAAGUGAUGGCGGUGCAACUGUGCUUCAUCGAGACCUGAAACCAGCCAACAUUUUCCUCGAUGCUAAGCAGAAUGUGAAGCUUGGCGACUUUGGCCUGGCCAGGAUCCUGAACCACGACACCAGUUUUGCAAAAACGUUUGUUGGAACACCUUACUACAUGUCUCCAGAACAAAUAAACCGGAUGUCGUACAACGAGAAAUCAGAUAUUUGGUCUCUGGGAUGUUUGCUGUAUGAGCUGUGUGCAUUAUCUCCUCCAUUUACUGCUUACAACCAAAAAGAGCUGGCAGAGAAAAUCAGAGAGGGGAAGUUUAGACGGAUCCCCUACCGAUAUUCUGAGGAACUCAACACCCUACUGUGCAAAAUGCUCCAUUUGAGGGACUACCUGAGGCCUUCGGUGGAGUCUAUCCUCCAGAGUAGUCUGUUGGCCGACAUGGUUGCCGAGGAGCAGAGGAAGGCGCAGCUGCGCCCCCGGAGGAAGUCGGCUGAUUCUGACUGUCCUGUUCACAAGCUCGCUGAACCGGCCCCCGCCCCGGCCACAGAGCUCCGGCUGAGGGAACAGGUUCUGCGGGACAGAGAGAAGGCACUGAAGGAACGGGAGGAGAGGCUAGAACAGAGAGAGCAGGAACUUUGUGUGCGUGAACAGCUGUCAAAAGAGAAGCUUGCAAGGGCAGAGAGUUUACUGAAGAAUUACGACCUGUUGAAGCAGCAGAAGGGCCUGGCUCCAUUCGACAUAGAUGUGGAUAACCUCUCCCCUGGCAAGAAGAAGGUGCACUUUGCCGGUGAGAGCAAAGAGAACCACCGUCCAGACCAUCAGCAGUGUUUGAAGACGCAGGAUGUGAUUCUGAAAAGACUGCAGGCGGCCCACCUGCGUGCCCGAACACUGGGCCAGCUGGAGAGGACAUACCAUUUGAAGAGCAGGCAGAUACUGGGCAUCCGCUGACAGAUCCUGUGCGUCUGUCUCUGACUGAUCACUGAAUGUGAAAACUACUGAAACCUAUUCUUUAGUGUCCUAGGUGGAAAUUAAGAAGUAUUUAUUUGUGUCAGAAUCAGCAGAUUUGACAUGAUUUGUGGUGACACUGCAUACUGGAGACCAAAUAAGUCCUGGUGUGGUUGUUGUCUCUGCUGUUUGUUCAUUCCUAUGUGUGUAAAUGACCUGAAUCACAUCAACAUCAGUUGAUGAAAAUGUUGAAGAUUUGCUGACAGCUUGGAAAAAUAUUUUGUUGAUACAAUGUUAAUGUAUUUAGUUUCGCACUGGCACUUUAUUGUGUUCUUCUGGAAACAUUAAAGGCAGCUAUGUUAUUUGA